GGAGGGGAUUAAUGUGAUUCCUCUUGUCAAGAGUCCCUUUUCUGCAGCUGAUAUGCCUCAACGUACCAAAUUUAUGUAGUCGUUACAGCACUUGAUCACUAUAACUCAAACUCGUAGAAUGACUUCCAAGCCGGAGAUCACGUUGGAACACUUUUAUAUUUUUAAUGGCACUUACGCAAAGAAGGAAGGAGAGGAGGAAAAGAAGAUAUUGUAUUACUAUCCGGAAAAGGAUCUGGAUGCUCAGAUCAAGAACAUAGGGCUCAGCGAAGCGAUAAUCAAGUUUACAGAAUCUUUCAACCCUGGGCAGCCAUGUGACUAUUGCCAUACGCAUAAAACACGUCAGAUAUACUAUCAGCCGGAGCCUAAUUUCUGGAUGGUAAUGAUCGUCGGUGUGCCGUAUAUCUAUAAGGAAAGGGACGGUAAUAAGUAUCAGAAUGACGAAGUAUCCAGCAGUGUUUGCCAAGCUAUAUUGAAGCAGACGUAUAUGAUGUUUAGAUUGUUCAUGGGCUCGUUCGAAACCAUCAUUAACGACCCUGAAUGUGGCUCUGUGAUGUUGUUGAGGCUUAAGCUGGAACACUUUUAUUCACGAUAUCUGCUCUCGUUGAAGCUGAAUAACAGCGAUAUACUGGAUGUCUUUCAAGGUCUACAAUUCUUACCUCUUGACAAGAUCACGUUUCUCAAAGUGCAAUGCUUCAUGAAUCUUGUAGAAGCUAUGUUCACACAAGUAAAAUACACAGCAUUCCUCUACAAUGACCAAGUCGUUUGGAGCGGCUUGGAACCUGAAGACAUGCAAGUAGUUUAUAAUUAUUUAGUGAGCACCCUUUUGCCAGCUCAUCUCGAGAAAGAAUUGCAUGGAGGCUCGAUACCUAGAAAUUCUCCCUCGCCAUUCACUUCUUCACACUAUGGAAAAUUUGUCACCGGACCUGCUAGCGUUAAUGAGCCCAGUUUGAUUGGGAAAUCACCGAAAGUCUUUAUCAACUACUCUACCAAACCUGUGUCAUUAUACCUAGUUGUAUAUCGAGCGCUAAGCGCUACAAUAUGUCUCUUCGUCGACAAAAAAACUAGUUUAUUAAUUGAUUUCUUCAAGAGCUUAGACAGUUUUCUGGGACCACAAUUAACCACAUUAGUUAGCUCCGUGGCUGAACAGUGCUCUAAACAUGUAAUAGUCACACCGGAAUCGUGUACCAAGUAUCUAUACUUCAAUAAGUUAAAUUUAGCGUACAAAAGUACGAUACAUUUAGAUAAUAGACGUUGCUCUAACGUGCUCACGACACCUGAAGUAUUGAGGAUCAUUACUGACAUAUACAACGAUAAAAACAGGUACGUACGUUCUCCAACGUUCAUAAAAACGUAUGCGUCAAUGAGAAUCACAUGUUUAGUCAAUUAUUUGACUCUUAGAUUGAAGGAAGCUGGAGAAAUAAUUAUAAAGACCAUAAGCGAUUAUUGGGUCAUCGGCAAGUUGUCCAAUUUGAGAGAAUUUUUUGUUGUCAUACAGCAGAAGAGUGCGAGUAUUAUAGAAAUUGAUGAUGAAGUGAAGAGGCUUUGCGAGAAACAAUUGAAAAGUAUUUUUUUCCAUUGAUGAAUGUGCGACAAAAAAUGGUAACGAAAUUGUAUUAUUAUUGUGUCCUUACUUUUAUCACGAAUCUUUCUUUUAUCCCGAACAACAAUUCUGUCUCGCUGAUCAUCCACAGGCAAUAUACAUAAUAUUAUAUGAAAUAAUUAUAGGAAGCUGUGUAUUUAUACACAUGUGAUAUAAAAUGUGAAUUCUCUCUCUA